AUGGGAAUGAUGCAGGUGGAGAUGGUGAUGAGGAUCAUCAUCAUAAUUGUCAUCAUGAUAGGAUUUGAUGCAGGCGAUGGUAUGAAUGAUGAUGACGAUGAUGAUGCUCAUGAUGAUGCUCAUGAUGAUGCUUCGGAUGAUGAUACAUGUAAGGACGAAAUGGAUGAUGAUGAUGAUGAUGAUGAUGAUGAUGAUGAUGAUGCUUCGGAUGAUGAUACAUGUAAGGACGAAAUGGAUGAUGAUGAUGAUGAUGAUGAUGAUGAUGCUUCGGAUGAUGAUACAUGUAAGGACGAAAUGGAUGACGAUGAUGGUGAUGAUGAUAAUGAUGAUGUUACGGAUGAUGAUUCAUGUAAGGACGAAAUGGAUGAUGAUGAUGAUACAUAUAUAGGGCAGCAAAACAUACAUUUUAAUAUUUUCUAUAAACGAUGGAAUGACAGACAAGAGGGAUUCUUCGAUUUACAACAUGCAGAGUAG